AUGUUUGCUGGAUUUGAUGCUUUUGAAAGAUCUCUGUAUUUCGGUCCUUCUUUUGAUUUGGGACAGUUUGAGCGAUUCAGGCGAAUUUUCCACCAUUCAACAUAUCGUGUUUUACUAAAUCACAAGGAGAGAAGCACUUUAAAUGUUGAGGAGAAUGGUUACAAGCAGAGGGUUUGGAUACGUAGGGCACGACCUGAAGAAGAAGAAACAUUUCAGUUUACAAUAGUUCAAAUUAUUGCUUCAGACCCUUACACCACGAUUGACAACUUAUUCUUUGAGCCACUCUCCGAUCUUCUUGGAUAUGCACAAAGAAAGCAGCCUCAGUUGCUUAUACUGCCUCUUUAUCACCCCUUGAGCCCCAGAAACCCCUAA